CCGCUUUUUUAAAAAAUCUGAUAAUAAGCCAUUCUCAUUAAAAAGGUGUGUUUUGCUCGAGCAGACGGUUUGUCAACAGGAAAAGUCCAGUACACGGUUGGAUGUUCACGUGGUAUGACUGCAGUUCUUGAAGAUUCAACGUUUUGUUCUGAAGUGUGCACGGACAACUUCUGCAAUUUGAAUAAAUGUAAUAUUCCAGUUUCUCUAAAAGGUACAUCUGACAGAUCGUCGCGUUGUUUGUCCUGUGACCUUAUAAGAGAUCCUGCAAAUUGUUUUAACUUAGUACAAUGUAAACCAAAUGAGAUAUGCUAUGUGCGAGAAGUAACGGUUUAUGGAAACAAAAGGUAUCGACUUGGCUGUAUUAAUAAACAUCACUGUUCUACUGAAACUGGCAAAGUCACUGCAAAUCCAAUAACAAUUAUUGGGAAGCGAUUGGCCGCAUCAGUGAAUUCUUCUUCUGUGCCACCACCUUGCUCCUCGUGUUGUGAACUAGACCAUUGCAAUACACAUGCAUGUCAAAAGAAUCAGCAAUCACUAGUUGGGAUGACUCACCAACUUAAUCUUAUUGGCGACACUGACACCUGCAUGGACACAAAUACCGAUGCAUGUAGCGCAUUUAGAACUCUAGACUCUGAAGCAUGUUUGACAUUACCAAAGGUUGACGAGAUGUGCCCGAAAACCUGUGGAAUAUGUGGACAUUUUGGGUGGUCUUCAUGAAGUCAAUGGUCACACUGCUCUCAUACAUGCAAUCAAGGAACAGUUACUAGAAAUAGACAAUGUAUGCACCAGAUUGACAUUGCUAAUGUGCACACCUGUAUAGGGAGUAGCACAGAAACUAUGACUUGCAACAGUGGACCAUGCUUGAUCGAAGGAGCAUGGUCAAGCUGGGAGAGUUGGGGUUUGUGCUCAAGGACGUGCUUAAAUGGAACUAGAAAUAGACUAAGACACUGUAGAAGCACUGACCAGGAUCAAGGAGGGCUGUAUUGUCCAGGAAACCAUUUAGAAACUUCUACAUGCAACCAAAUUACAUGUCCAGUCGAAAAGACUUGUCCUGACAACUGGAUCGUGUACCAUUCUUCUUGUUAUUUCUUUGACCAUACUGCAACAACAUUUGCAAACGCGCAGAGGUUCUGUCAUUCAAGAAAUUCCUCUAUGGUACACAUCGAGUCCGUUGAAGAGAACACAUUCAUUGUCAAUCAUCUCCAAACAUUUUCAAAUCCUGGUAAUGGUUGGUGGAUAGGAAUGACAGACAGUGACGUAGAAGGCACGUGGAAGUGGACAGACACAAAUAAACUUGUUAAUUACACAAACUGGGGUACGAAUGAGGGAGGUGAUGUCGAUGGAGACUGUUAUUUACUCUAUCCAAGUUACAGUUUCAAGAUGGCAGAUGUCGGUUGUACUUAUUUUAAUGCGAGUACACUAUGUGAAUUGAAAUGAUUUUUUCAUUGUUAUAGUAAACAUAUGUAUUUUAAAACACAUUUCAAAUAUAUAAGUCAUAGAAAACA